GAACCCAUGGGAAAAGCCACAGAAGGACGAGAGGGGAGGAUUUCUCUGAGGAACUCCCUUGAGCCAUUGCCUCCAAUGUCAGGGAGUGGGAAGCUGGGGUCCAUCAUAAAGGGUGGAAAACUUCCAAACCUAGUGGAUCUCCCCAGAUAAGUCCUGAGUAUCUCAUAGAGGCACAAAACCAGUUGUGUGGAGGCACUGUUGGUCUACAUCAUUUCCUGAGCCUCCUGUUGCCCUCUGGCUCCUAAGCUGAGCAGCUUCACUGGGGUCAGACUGCCAGAGAAUCCUAGACAGAACAUGCUGCUGGAACUACCUUUUAGUGUUUGUACUCCAGCAUGGAGGGAUUUCACACAAAAGGACUUCAAAAAUGACCAAAUCGUACAGCGAGAGCGGGCUGAUGGGGGAGCCCCAGCCCCAGGGUCCCCCGAGCUGGACUGAGGAGUGCCUCAGCUCUCAGGACGAGGAACACGAGGCGGACAAGAAGGAGGAGGAUCUCGAAGCCAUGCAAGCCGAGACAGAAGAGGACUCGCUGAGAAACGGCGAGGAGGAGGAUGAAGACGACGACUUAGAGGAAGAGGAGGAAGAAGAGGAAGAGGAAGAAGACGAUGAUCAAAAGCCUAAAAGACGGGGUCCCAAGAAGAAGAAGAUGACUAAGGCGCGCAUGGAGAGGUUCAAGCUGAGGCGCAUGAAGGCUAAUGCCCGGGAGCGGAACCGCAUGCACGGGCUGAAUGCGGCUCUGGACAACUUGCGCAAGGUGGUGCCCUGUUACUCCAAGACGCAGAAGCUCUCCAAGAUCGAGACCCUGCGCUUGGCCAAGAACUACAUCUGGGCGCUCUCCGAGAUCCUGCGCUCUGGCAAGAGCCCGGACCUCGUUUCAUUUGUACAGACCCUGUGCAAGGGCUUGUCCCAACCCACGACCAACUUAGUAGCCGGCUGCCUCCAGCUCAACCCCAGGACUUUCCUUCCGGAGCAGAGCCAAGACAUGCCGCCCCAUAUGCAGCCGGCCAGUGCUUCCUUCCCAGUGCACCCUUAUGCCUACCAGUCCCCGGGUCUUCCCAGUCCGCCCUAUGGCACCAUGGACAGCUCCCAUAUCUUCCACGUGAAGCCUCCUCACUCGUUUGGGGCUGCUCUGGAGCCAUUUUUUGAAAGCACCCUCACUGAUUGCACCAGCCCUUCCUUUGACGGACCCCUCAGCCCGCCCCUCAGCAUCAAUGGGAACUUCUCUUUCAAACAUGAACCUUCCAACGAGUUUGAUAAAAAUUAUGCCUUUACCAUGCACUAUCCCGCAGCUACUCUGGCAGGAGCCUCAGGCCACGGAUCAAUCUUCUCUGGCUCUGCCUCUCGCUGUGAGAUCCCCAUAGACAACAUUAUGCCCUAUGAGAGCCAUUCCCAUCACGAACGAGUCAUGAGUGCCCAGCUCAAUGCCAUCUUUCACGAUUAA